CACCUCUCACUCUGCAUCACCAAAACCUCAACCUCUUUCUCCUCUCAGUCCCUAAUAGCACUCGGCACCGAGAGAACCUGCCGAGUGCCAGGCUGAGCCCGCCGUGCGGUGAAUGGGUUAAGCUCUUAAGUCAACCGAGUGUGGCUCCCGGUAACAUGAUCUGUUGGGACCCAUCUGGCUGCACAAACCGAAAAAUAAAAUGAAAAAUCACAGCAGCAGCUCGCAUCUGGCAAGUCGCAGCGCUCAGCCCUGGAGCUCAGGGGUCCGUCUUGGUACAUAGGUGGAGGAACCAUCGGACCCGAGACAGACAAGAAACUCUUCUGAACAGCAUGAUCCCUCCUGAUGCUCCAUCCAACAGGACGAGAUUGAAGGACAUCCGGAUAGUCGCCUUGCAGAGGUUCUCAUCCUCAUCCUCAUCCUCAUCAUCAUCAUCAUCAUCAUCAUCAUCAUGCACAAGGAGAGGAUGCAGAAGAGUUCUUGAGCAAUGAGCAUGUCCAAGCCUCUUCGUUGGGUUCUUCACCCUCAGAAAGGUAACCCAUGUGGUCCUUCAUGAGAUUCUCCUCCAUGUAGACCUUUGUUUUCCCCUUUCACAUGCAUUUUCUGGAGACUUGGUUUUUGCAGACAUGCUACACAGACCUCUACCACCAAUCCCGAAGCUGUAAGAGACAACGGGACGGAAGGAACCGGCCAGCCAGCCAGGUCUGUCCCCUCACCCCCAGCCCCGGGAUGGAGUAUUUGUUCAAAAGAAGGAGAGUCCUGAAAACUUGCAUCACUUUGUCCUUGCUGUUUGCCACGCUGGUGACCAUUCAUAAACUGAAACUGGUGGAGGAAGGGGCAAAGGGCAGCCUGGCAUUCCACUCCAGGAUCAUGCAUGAGUGGCUACAGCCAGACAAUGGCUCCUCUAAGAGGAUUGGAGAUGGGAUGGGUAGUCCUAGAACUCCAGAACCCGUGGACUUGCCACCACCGAGGUGGGACAUUAACGAAAGCAAAUGCCCUGAAAAUACGGCUUUAAGGAGGCAGCCGUGGUUCAAGCACGUGGACCCAAGAUUCCACCAGUUCAUCCUCCACAGGCAUUGCAGAUACUUCCCACUGCUGCUCAACCACCCCGAAAAAUGCCAAGGAGAUAUCCAUCUACUCAUAGUGGUCAAGUCCAUCAUUGAGCAACACGACCGGCGGGAAGCCGUGAGAAGGACCUGGGGCAAGGAGAAAGAGGUAGACGGGAAGAAAAUUAGGACUCUCUUCCUCUUAGGGACCACGUCUACAGGGAAAGACCACUGGAACCUCCAGAGACUUAUCGAGCAGGAGGACCAAAUUUACGGAGACAUCCUUCAGUGGGAUUUCAUGGACACCUUCUUCAACUUGACUCUGAAAGAAGUCAACUUCCUAAAGUGGUUCCACAUCUACUGCCCCAGCGUGGAGUUUAUUUUCAAAGGCGACGACGAUAUUUUCGUGAACACCGAAAACGUUUUGGAUUUCUUGGCCUUCAAGAAGGAAGGCCCUUUGUUGCCUAGCUUGUUCGUCGGGGAUAUUAUUUCUCGAGCCGUCCCCAUUAGGAACAAACAAAGCAAAUACUUUAUCCCCAAAGAGCUGUACGACAAACCCUACCCGGUGUACGCCGGGGGCGGGGGCUUCCUGAUGGCUUCUCCUUUAGCCAGGAGACUCUUUGUGGCCUCCGAGGGCAUACAGUUGUUCCCCAUCGACGACGUGUUUUUGGGACUGUGCCUAAAGUCGGUAGGAGUGGAGCCCAAGUUACAUCCAGGGUUUAGGACAUUCGGAAUUAGUAAGAAAAAAUCUAGCGCCAUGAAUAAGGACCCUUGUUUCUACAAGAGCUUGUUGGUGGUCCACAAGCUGAGCGCGAAGGAUCUUCUCAAAAUGUGGGCGGUUGUCCACCAUGAAAAAAUCAACUGUGGUAAAAAGGUUCAUAUUAACUAAUAAUCCCCCCCCCAAAAAAAUAUGGUGCAGGUAAAAUCCAAAGAGACUUUGUAUUUUCUAUAUUAUAUUAAUGUUCUUCUAAAUUAAGAUUAAAACAUAUAAUUUGUUUUA